AAAUGGCUAACAAACCUAGUUCAGACUACUACUUUUUAUUCACAAUUCACAUGUGUAAAUAAACAUUAGAGAUUAAAAAUUUUGAUGAAUAUAGGACCAUUAUAUAUAUCAUUACAUGCUACACCAGCAAGCUACGAAUACCGAAACUUCAAUACACUGAAAGAAUUUGGGUGGAAAGUAACCCAUAUUCACCUUCCAAACCAAUUGUGUAAGAAAGAGAUGAACCAUCACACGUGCGAAAGAUUUUUGGUUAGACUUGUCAAUCGUAGAAGCUAACAGAAAUGUUUAGUAGCGCUAUUGGGUAACUAACCGCUUAUUUAAAAGAUAGGUGGCUUCCAGGGUUUUACAUGCUGUGAAUGUUUCGCUAUUUAUUGCUUACUAUAAAAUUAAUAGACCUUGUAGACAGUUAAUAAUGCCAUGAAAUAUUAUUUUGUAAGUGCGAUUUGAAUUUGAGAUUUAAUUAAAAUAUAUUUGACCAUUUCGGGUGAAAUUACAAUUACUAAAUACAUAAAAAAUAAAAUGGGUGACUUUCUUCAGUCCGAACUGGAGAAGGCUCAACAAUGCCUUUUGGAAACUUAUGAAUUAGCUGAAUCUUAUGGAGAUAAUGAGGAAAAAGAUAAAAGCAAAUAUUUGCAACUAAUGGAGCAAAUAUGUCAAAUUAGAAAAGAUGCCAUUCGUAAUGAAGACGCCUUGAAAGUAGCUAUGGAGGAACGUACCAUUGCUGAUUUUGAGUCCGUUUUUCAGGGGACAAUAAAACGAGCUGAAAAAAAUGUUCAAGCCAAAAAAACUCGAGAAUAUAAAGCUUUCUCUGAUCGUUUAGAGGACAUAUCCAGAAGUGCAAGUGGCGAGAUUUUACCGUCAACCACAAAUAAAGACGGGGCUUUAAUAGAAAUGGACAUGCAAGUGAACAUAAAUGAUCCCAUAACAAAAAAACGAAUGAUAGAUCCCGUAAAAAAUAUAAACUGUGGACAUAUCUAUGAAAGGACCAGUAUACAGGACGCAAUACAAAUUAAACCAAAACUUCGUUGUCCUGUUGCUGGCUGUGGAAACAAUCAGUAUAUUAAUAUGGCGCAUUUAAAGUCAGACAAUGCUCUAAAAUUACAUCUACAACGUAUAGCGAAGACGCAGACGACAAUUUGGUGCACCACAUUGACAGUAUAGUACUUUUCCGGGCACUACGCCAACUUCAUAAUUAUAAUUCCAAGUCAGUUCCGUACCGGCCCGAAUAUUAGUGGAGGAAAAGAAUGCUACCCAAGGGAAUCUCAAGUCAUGGGUGUCGACAAAAACGUUUUGUACGAAGAGAUUGGGUGAACAUGAGUGCUGUAAAUAAAAAACCAUAAAUUGCA